CGCGUGCGCGGCAGGAAGGUUGCAGCUCGAGCUCUUCCCCGCCGGUCCGCGACAUUUCGGCGAACCUUGUCGGACCCUUCGGACUACCGCGGAUUCCUCGUCGAGCCCGGAUCCGCCGGACCCCGAGACUCUCCUGGGAACCCCGUAACCAGAAGACGGCGGACCGGUUGGAGCACCUCGGACAUCCGCUCGGAGAUAAGUCGACCCGGUCGACGAGGGCCAGCAUGUCCUUCUUCAGGGGACUGUGGAAGAGCAGUUCUAAGCACAAGAAGCUGUGCGAGGAGUGGGCCCUGGCCAACAGUCGCGAGUGCGUCGAGGGCGGCGGGGGCGGCGCCCCGGAGGAGGCGGAGGCGGAGGCGACGUUCACCUUGAAGUACCUGGGGAGCACCUUGGUGGAAGCGCCUUCCAGCGAGGAGGCCACCGCCGAGGCCAUCAAGACGGUCAUCACUAUGGCCAAAGCCAGCGGGAAGAAGCUGCAAAGAGUCUCCCUCGCGGUGAGCUUAAAGGGGAUCAGAAUGACCGACCUGGCCACGGAAGACGAGCAACUGCAAAUCUCGAUUUACAGGAUCUCCUACUGCUCGGCGGACGCUACGCACGACCACGUUUUUGCAUUCAUCGCGACGAAUCUGAACGAGACAAUGGAGUGCCACGCGUUUUUGUGUCCUAAAAGGAAAACGGCGCAAACGGUGACGCUGACGGUGGCCCAGGCUUUUAACACUGCCUAUGAAGCGUGGCAAUUGUCGCAAACGGACCCGAGAAUUCAUCACGUGGUGGACAAAAGUCCUCCUCUGACCGACGAGGGAAUCGGUUGCGACGACGAGGCCGUUACCGAUUCCAAGGUUGACGCUGAUUAUCCGCAGAAGAGGAAGCAGCAUUCACAACGACGCUCGGCCAAGGAGACCCAGAAGAACCUGCUGAUCGAUUUGUCGAACGAUGUCUCCGCAAAGCCGGCAGGGAACUCCUGGGUGAGUUUCGAGGAGGAGGAGAACAAGAGGGCACAAGGGCGCGGCUCCGCGACCGGGAUCCCCAUGACGACGUUGCGUCAGGCGUCCUCCUCGGCGCCGUCGCAUCAUGUGGUGCCGAGACCCUCGCCGGGAUUCAAGGUCCAAAAUGCCUGGGCAGAGUCGAGGUCGGUCGACCUGGUGUGCUCGUAGCAGGCGUAGCCUCGGGCCGACAACUUCCGGGACGUGCCGCUAAUCACGGGGCUCUGGAAGCACCUGUCGAACAGCGGCCAAAGCAAGCGAGUCGGCUCUUAAGACCGCUCAAAGGUUGAUAUUUAGUGAUGGAAGAUGUCGAACUUUAUCCAAAGAUGAUUAGCACGUAUCGCGCGACUCCUGGUGAGAGCCCCAUGGAAUGUUGGAUCAGAGAAGAGCGAUCGUCUUUUUAACGUGGGUUAGGGUGGAGGGUAACACGGUAGAUCUGUAAGCAUCGAAGGAAGAUAACGUAGGAUUCCUUCACAGAGUACGGUGCAACUUGAGUCGCUUACCUUGGUGAAGCCGGAGACAAUUCCAGGAAGGGAGAUGAAAAUGCGUGCACAAGUUUUCAUAUCUUGUGAGGAUGCAUGGGUGUUGGGCGAUUCCCCGAUGGUGUUCGGUGAUCGGUUUGCCGAGUCCGGUUACUUGGAUCGACUAUUAACGUAAUUAAUCGAGCAUUCGGCUGCAUCGGAGCGUUGAUAUGUUUCAUCGACAAACUCGUCUCGUCGUUAAGGUUGACCAUUUGUGAAAAUGCAUGGAGAAUGACAAAUUAUCGUACUCAUUUGAUAUAGAUUUCGGUAUGUGUUAAGAUUAGCAUUAACGUAAUGAAAUGUGACCGACACAAAGCAACGUACAUGAGUAUACGUACAUCCACUGCAAGUAGUCGUGUACCGUUUCUUCAAUACAUGUGAGCUAUGUGAACGAA